GAUGGACCCGCUUGUGCUGAACAACCCAAUCAUGUAUCAACGCUUGCGGGACUGCGAUCCAUUCGCGGUGGGACAACCGUAUGCUUUAAAAUCCAGGAUCUGCGUUUCUCGGGCGCCUUCAUAUUUGUACCGCCCACUCUUUCUUUUCUGCUUCGCAACCCCCCGCCUCUUCCUCUUUUCUUCCUCUCUGUCGUGUCUGCGUGCGGACUCGACAUCUACUCCUUCGAAGACAAAAGGCCUCUUUGUAACGCCGUCUGGACUUUCAAGCUUCAGUCUUGUAAUCCCUUGCGUCUUUCACCAACCAUGUUUACCCGGUUACUCGUAUCGUCGCUAGCGGUCACGUACGCCAGCGCAAGCUGCAUGCACGGCACGUCCUUCAUGCCACGCGCGGAGGGCAAGGUCGACAUUAGCAAGUUCGGCUACUCUGGUCUGCAAGGGCCACUCAACUGGGCGGGGCUGGACCCGGCCAACAGCGCGUGCCGCUCGAGCAAAGUGCAGUCGCCCAUCGUCCUCGACGACUCCGUCGGCAAGGCCAAGUCGAAGCCGAAAAUCGAGAUCGAAACGCUCGAGGAGACCGAGUUCGAAAACUUGGGCACGACGCUCGAGGUCGUCAUCGGCGAGGGCAAGGGCAAGACGACCGUCGAGGGCAAGGAGUUCGACCUGAAGCAGUUCCAUCUCCACACCCCCAGCGAGCACCGCAUCAACGACGAGUACUUCCCGCUGGAGAUGCACAUGGUCCACCAGGCGAAAGACGCGUCCAUCGCCGUCAUCGCGAUCCCCUUCCAGCUCACGGAGGACGGCUCGACCACUGAGCUCCUCACCGCUGCCACCGCCAACCUCAAGGACGUCGGCAAACCCGGCACCGCCACCAAGACUGGCAAGCUCGAUUUCGCGGCGCUCAUCAAGGCCGUUGAGGACGGCCCCCUCUUCCAGUACACCGGCUCGCUCACCACCCCGCCCUGCGCUGAGGGCCUCACCUUCCUCGUCCUCGAGAAGCCCCUCCCCCGUGAACGUCAAGACAACAAGCUCGGCGAGAGCAACUUGCUCGCUGUCUCGACGGAGCUCUUCGCCAAGGAGGACGGCUGCAAAACGGUCACCGUUAACAAGAACGAGCAGCCGCCCAAGAAGCCCGAGAUGGAGCACAAGAUGAUGGAGCCUAAGAAGCCCGAAAUGGAGCCCAAAAAGCCCGGAAUGAUGGAGCCCAAGAAACCCGAGAUGGAGCCCAAAAAACCCGAAAUGAACAUGGAAAAAGGCAAGAUGGACAUGCCCAAGAAGCCGGAGAUGUCGCAUGAGAUGAAAAUGAAGGAGGAAUGCGGCCAAAUGUGCAAGCACAAGCGUCACAACGACUUCGAGCACGACCUCCACUAG